AGCUGCAUUGUUUGUUGCAGUAUAUGCAUUAGCUGUUGUCUGUGUUCAGUUUCCUGCAGGCUGACAUAGUGGGAGGGGCUUUGUUUGAUACAUAGCAGAGUUUUCACUGUGAGAGUUCUUGAGUGCACAUUGCAGCCAUCUUAAUUACAUUUUUGUGCAACUGAGACUGUGCAGCUGUCUCAAAAUGGCUGCUAGCCUAGUCUUUGUAGCUGUUUAGGCAGCAAGUAUGCCAGUGAGACUUGUCACAUGCAUCAGGACCAGAGAUUCAAUAUGGAUAGUAUAGAAGAACCUCAGAAAAAAGUGUUUAAGGCUCGAAAAACAAUGAGAGUGAGUGAUCGGCAACAGCUUGAAGCAGUUUAUAAAGUCAAAGAAGAAUUAUUGAAAACUGAUGUCAAGAUUUUAAAUGGCAGCCAUGAAAAUGGAGAUUUGGACCCAACCUCACCUUUGGAAAAUAUAGAUUAUAUUAAAGAUAAGGAAGAAGUAAAUGGCAUUGAUGAUACUUGUUUUGGUUCUGAAGAAAGUAAAACAGAAUGGCAAGAAAAACCCAGUAUCCUAAAUGUUAAUGUAAAAAACAAUCAAGAUGAUGAUUUAAAAGAACCUUUGUCUCCUAGUAAAAUAACUCCUGAACCAUCCUUUAAACCAACCACUGAGCCAGCUUCUGGUGAUCUAGCCUCUAGUGAGCUGGCUGCUGGAGAUCCAGACUCUGGUGAUUCCACUUCUAGUGAUCUCGCCACCAGUGAUGCAUCCUCUGAUGAUCCUGCCUCUGAAGAACGUACCCCUAGUGAUCCUGCUACUGGUGGUUCUGUCCCUGUUGAACUGGUUUCUAGUGAACCUGUUUCUAAGGAACAAGUUCCUAGUGAAAGUGCUUCUGGUGAACCAGCUUCUGGUGAUUGUGCCUCUGAUAAUCUAUCUUGUGGUGAUCCAGCUUCUGGUGAUCAAUCCUCUGAUGAUCCUGCUUGUAGUGAAUUGACCUCUGAUGAUCUGGCCUCUGGUGACCUGGUCUCUGAUGAUCUGGCCUCUGGUGAUCUGGCCUCUGGUGAUCUGGGCUCUGAUGAACUGACUUCUGAGUCAGCCUUUGAUCCCACUUUUGAACCAAAUUCUGUACCAGUUUGUGAACCAGUCCUUGAAACUGACUGUACAGAACAAAGUAGCAAUAAGAAUAAUGAUUUCCUUGAAAAAAAUGAGGAUGAUGAACAUUCAGGCAAAAUUGAGAAUAAGGACUCAUUUGAUGAGAAGAAAAAAGCUGAUGAUAAUAUUGGCAGUAAUGAAGAAACUCUAGAAACAGAUGAUACAAUUUGUUCAGAUCUACCUCCUGAAAAUGAAAAGAAGGGAGAAGAUCCUAUCACAGAGCUUGCUCUUGGUGAAGAGGCUAUAUCUAGCAGUAUGGAGAUAGACCAAGGUGAAAAGAAUGAUGAUGAAAAUUCUUCAGACCUUGUGGAAACCAUUAGUGAAAAUGUUAUACAAAGUGACAAAAAUGAGACUGCUUUAGAAAAUACAGAUUCUAUGGAGACAGAUGAAAUUAUUCCUAUUUUGGAAAAACUUGCACCUGCUGAGGACGAACUUACUUGCUUUUCUAAAGCUUCUCUCCUUCCAAUUGAUGAGAGCAGUCCAGAUUUGGAAGAGAAAAUGGAAGUUUCUUUUGGUUCACCAUCUAAACAAGAAAGUAGUGAAAGUUUACCUAAAGAAGCCUUUUUGGUCCUUUCUGAUGAAGAGGAUAUUUCAUGUGAAAAAGAUGAGUCUGAAGUUACAGCACAAAAUGAGACAUGCUCUCCAGCAGAAGUAGAGAAGAAUGAAAAGGACAGCAAACCUGAGGAAGAAGAGCAAGUGGUAGAUGAAGAAGAUGAAAGACCUUCUGAGAAAAAUGAAUUUUCUGGAAGAAAACGUUCUAAAUCAGAAGACAUGGACAAUGUACAGUCCAAACGUCGUCGUCGAUAUCUUGAAGAGGAAUAUGAGGCAGAAUUUCAAGUAAAGAUUACAGCCAAAGGAGACAUUAAUCAGAAGCUUCAAAAGGUUAUGCAGUGGUUGCUGGAAGAAAAAUUGUGUGCAUUACAGUGUGCUGUCUUCGAUAAGACUUUAGCAGAAUUGAAAACACGAGUAGAAAAGAUUGAAUGUAACAAGAGACAUAAAACAGUUCUUACUGAACUGCAGGCCAAGAUAGCCAGGUUAACCAAACGUUUUGGAGCAGCCAAAGAAGAUCUUAAGAAAAGACAAGAAAAUCCGCCAAACCCACCUGUAUCACCAGGAAAAUCUGCAAGUGAUACCAUCAGCAAUAAUAAUAUGGCCUAUAGAAAUGCAAGCACAGUAAGACAGAUGUUGGAGUCUAAAAGAAAUGUAGGUGAGAAUGCACCACCGUCUUUUCAAACUCCUGUGAAUACAGUAUCUUCAGCCAAUCUUGUUACUCCUCCAGCAGUUGUCACUAGUCAACCUAAACUGCAGAAUCCAGCAACCUCGGGCUCUCAGACAGCAACACCAGUUCUUCCUGCACCCAAUACAGCUACAGUAGUUGCAACUACUCAGGUGCCUACUGGAAAUCCUCCACCUACAAUUUCUUUACAACCUUUGCCAGUGAUUUUGCAUGUUCCUGUUGCAGUAUCCUCCCAGCCUCAGCUUCUACAGAGCCAUCCAGGGACUUUAGUAACCAAUCAACCAUCUGGCAAUGUUGAAUUUAUUUCUGUGCAAAGCACACCUACAGUGAGUGGUCUUACCAAAAAUCCAGUAUCUUUGCCAUCCUUGCCAAAUCCCUCUAAACCAAACAAUGUUCCUUCUGUGCCCAGUCCUAAUAUUCAAAGGAACUCGCCUGCCAGUGCUGCACCAUUAGGAACAACACUUGCUGUACAAGCAGUCCCAACAGCACACUCUAUUGUGCAAGCCACAAGGACUUCUUUACCUGCAGUUGGCCCAUCAGGACUCUAUAAUCCAUCAAAUAAUCGAGGUCCUAUACAGAUGAAAAUUCCAAUUUCUGCUUUUAGUACUUCAUCUUCUGCAGAACAAAACAGCACUACCACUCCAAGAAUUGAAAACCAGCCAAACAAACCAAUGGAUGCUUCUGUUAAUAAGAAAGCAACUGAUAGUACAGCACAGAGUGGAAAAGCCACUGGUAGUGAUUCAGGUGGUGUCAUUGAUCUCACAAUGGAUGAUGAAGAAAGUGGAUCUUCACAAGACUCCAAAAAAGUCAGUCACACUCCUGUAUCAACCAUGGGUUCUUCUCAGCCCAUGUCUCGACCAUUGCAACCCAUACAACCAGCACCACCUCUUCAGCCAUCUGGGGUGCCAACAAGUGGACCAUCUCAAACUACCAUACACUUACUACCUACAGCUCCAACCACCGUGAAUGUAACACAUCGUCCAGUAACUCAGGUGACCACCAGACUCCCUGUACCAAGAGCUCCUGCAAACCAUCAGGUGGUUUAUACAACUCUCCCAGCACCACCAGCUCAGGCCCCACUGCGAGGAACUGUUAUGCAGGCUCCUGCUGUUCGUCAGGUCAAUCCUCAAAAUAGUGUUACUGUUCGAGUGCCUCAAACAACCACAUAUGUUGUAAACAAUGGACUAACCCUGGGAUCAGCAGGACCUCAGCUCACAGUGCAUCACCGACCACCACAAGUGCAUACUGUAAAUGAGCCCCCACGCCCUGUGCACCCAGCACCCUUACCAGAAGCCCCACAGCCACAGCGUCUGCCUCCAGAAGCUGCCAGCACAUCUCUGCCUCAGAAGCCACACUUGAAGUUAGCACGAGUUCAGAGUCAGAAUGGCAUUGUACUGUCAUGGAGUGUCCUGGAGGUAGAUCGAAGCUGCGCUGCUGUUGAUAGUUAUCACCUCUAUGCCUACCACGAGGAGCCCAGUGCCACCGUGCCCUCACAGUGGAAGAAGAUCGGGGAAGUGAAGGCACUCCCUUUGCCCAUGGCAUGCACUCUUACCCAGUUUGUGUCUGGUAGCAAGUACUACUUUGCAGUACGAGCAAAGGAUAUUUAUGGACGUUUUGGACCUUUCUGUGAUCCUCAGUCAACUGAUGUGAUCUCUUCUUCCCAGAGCAGUUAAACCUUGGAGCCUUUAUCUCUUCUUGUUUCAGAAGUUCCACUUUUUGGUCUUGUUUUUAAUCUUGUGCAUGAUACACAAUGUAAAUCCACAUUGUGCAAGAUUUCUUGGACUGUGUGUAUACACUACAUUUGUUUAUAACCAGAAGUAAAAUAAACUCAGCCUAUAAAGCAACAAUCUUUCCUGGACAAUUCAAGCUUCAGGGUUUUGAAAUAUAAAUGUGUACCGUCUUUCAUUUGAGUCCAGGGAAUAUAUAUAGGUCUUUGUAUGGGGUUUUUGUUUGUUUCUUUCUGUCCUAUUUGUGUGUUGACUACAGUGGAAUCUCCUGUUUUCAUUCUCAAAUUUACCUCUCUGUAUGAAGUGAGUAAAUCAAAGAAUCUGAGGUAUGUAACUGGCAUGAUUCUACUCAUAAGGCUUCUAUAGAAUCAUAGUUAAGUGAUGUAAACUGAAUCUAAACAAAACCCAAAGAAGUAAAUAAAAAGCAUAAUGGCUAGCUUAAAAAUAGAUUAAUUUGAAUACAGGAAAGGAUCUAUUCAUUUUUUUCUUUUAUUUCUUCUCCUGGGUGGUUAGGUAAAAAACAAUCUGCAGAACCCUUCCCCCAUCCUUUCCUAAUCUGGCUUUUACAUUUAUUUGUGCCUUAAAGAUUAACUACAGAAAUAAACAUGGCCAUAUUUUCAUUGUUAUUUACUCUUCCCUUUCAGCUUUUCCACCUGAAUUUCUCUUUCAUCUUCAUCAUAUUUGGCACAUACACCACGUAUUUUUAAACCAAGGCUUUUAUAUACAUCCUACCCCAAAUCUGUGGUACCACUGCAUUUGACUUGCCAUUUUCUUCUAAGUUUAUAGAUACUUUCAGUUUUGGUCAUUAUUUAACACUCCAUAAAAUGGACCAGUGGGACCUACUUUAGCAUCCAUGUUGCACACUACAUUCGAUUUCUAAAGCAAUUCUAGUUUAUAAUAUCCAUAAUGUAGUAUUCUUAAAAGGAAAAAAUAGUAAAGAUCACAAAAUACAUUGAGCAAAUAUAAGGGGAAAGCUGGGUUUCCUCUUCUCAUUUUAUCCUAUUUUUAAUUUUUUAUUUCAGUGUUGAUUUGUGCCAAGGUAAGCCUGAUUUAGCCUUUAUCUGCUUUGGAUAGAAUUUAAAGUAUAUCUGUUGGCAUCCUUUCAUAUAACAAUUAGGUAAAACAAAUCUGUGCAUCUGUCUCCAUUCCUCUUCCAAAUAAUAAAAUUCAGUCACAUAUUUUCAAUAUUGAAUGCAAGCUAUACUGGUUUUUAGGUAUUUUCAGUGUAGAUAGUUUAGGACAAGAGGGUGGGUUAAGUUUUAAUGAUGAGUGUGGUUAGGAAUAUUUUGAAAGAUAUUCAUGGAGUUUUUGAAGUAACUUUUUAAGUUUCUUCCCUUGGUGUUUUGAAUUUAUAUUUCUACCUUCUCUAAAAACGUUAUUUUUCCUGGAAUUAGAGGAGAGAGCUAUCCAUUUUAUUAGUUUACAACCUUGAUGGCUUAUAGUAGGAAGCAUGUUAGCUGAUAAAGAAAUUACCUUUGACUUUUUUUUACUGGUCAUUAUAAUAUUAUUUUAGGUCUGAGGCUUAAUAAUAGAGGAUGCCAACAAUUGCCAGAAAGUAUAAACUCUCUAAGCCUUCCUUUCACUCUCAAAAUGGGACUACAAUGAGAAUUAGUUUUCUGUGAAUCGAAUUACCAAUCAUGUAGAUACUGCUCAUUCUAGGACAAAUGAUGAUGGUAAGAAAUUCCCAGUGUUAUAAUAAUGAAAAUUUCAACAGGAGAAAAUUGACUUCAAAAUGUGUAUGUAUGAACACCUGUCUAUAUCUGCAUGUAUAGAUGUUUUUACCUGCAGUGGUUGUAAUGUUGAUUAUGUGGUAAAGAUCAUUGCGGUUUACAGAGUAAAAAGCUCAUAUGCAGAAUAGUUUAUUAGCUGAUUUCAUGGUCAUGUGGUAAAGAUUUGCUUACCUGGUCUACAAAAAUUUGCCAUGGUGAACAUUAUUAUUAAUAUUCACUAUACUAAUCUUGUUUUUAAAAAUUUAAUCGCAUUAUAUAAUCAUGAAGCAAGUCCAAUGGAAUGAAUGAAUAUUUUGUAUUCUUUUAGCCUAUAUUGGGUGUUUUCUGUCAAUAGGAAAAGAAACCCAGAACUCUAAAAAUACAUUUAUUCCAGAAAAUAAUUACAUAAAACUUUUUAUUCCAGAUGGUAGAAGGUACAAAGAGAUUGUAAUUAUUUAAGAGAAAAAGUAUAUUAUUGUAUGGUCUUCUCAAAUUAACCUGACAUGGGUUUAUGGGCAAUAGGCAUGUUGGAUUGGGCCGGGGAUUUAGCUCAGUGGUUCUGCUGCCUGCCUCACAAGCACGAGGACCCGAGUUUGAUCCCCGGUACACCCCCAAAAAAUAGACAUGUUGGAUUUACUGAGAGGUACUAGAUUAGAAUCUUGGGCUUUUUCAGGGGUAGGACUGAUGAUGAUGAAUGCUAGCUUGUUUAGUUUCUUUGGGAGAGAAAAUGGAGGACUCAGACUUUCUAGCAUUUCACACGCCAUGGUUAUCUUUUUAAUUCUUUUGGUAAUUUCAUGGUAUUGUUUUACAAAGUAUUAUCAGUAAGCUCAGUUGUCCCAUUUUGGGAAGGAGUUUGAUAAAUUUUUAGCCUGACAAUACUUGUGUAGGUAUUGCCUUAUUGGAAAUCAUGGAAAUUUCUGAUACUUCAGCCUCAAAUAAAGGAUGUUUAUAUGGCAUUUAAAGGUAACAGUAACAUUUGAUACUACUUUGCACUACGUCCAAGUAGUUUUCACCCUGUUUUAAGUGUGAGUAACCUCUUUAUAAAAUUUUGUUGUUGCUAGUAAAUUUUAAAAUGGCAUAUAAAGGUGGUAUCGGUUAACAGUUAUCUUCAUGAGGUAACUAUAUUCCUCUUUCUCUGGACUCACUUUUUAAAAUAUGCAGAAUGCUUUAUCCUGUUUAACAUAGUAUAUAACUUUAUGAGAGAAGUAGAGUGCUUCCUUGAAAAGUGCGUAUUUGUUUAGAUACCAUUUGCCUCCCAGAGAAGUGUUUCUUUUCCCUCAUCCUCCUUGGCCAAAACUAAAUACCUUGAACAAAAUAAUCUAAAAAGCAAAGCGCUUAGGCUCUUCCCUUGGUACAUCUCUGCAGAACCUUCUCUUACAGCAUCCAUUAAGUAUUGACUUAAUUUUUGUUACUUGCACUUAGGCUUUAAAUAUUCUCCAAAUUAUGCAUCAGGUUAGCAUUAAUCUUGCAUGAUAUACAUUAUCUUUUUUCUAUAAGUUUUCCAAUACUGUAUAAAAUAAUGCCUGUGGUCUCAUCUCUCACUUUUAUAUACAGUACUGACAUCCUAGCACACUGUGGUACUGCAGAGACCUUCCAAGUAUUCUCCUGACUUUCCUUUUUGGGCCGUUUCAGUAUCCUCAGUAUAUCAUGAUUAUUUGGGGUUUUUUUAUUGUUAACUGACCUAUGGUUGGCCUGUUUUACUGUAAAACUAUGCCCUUGUUAUCCAGUUAUUGCAAAUAACUAUCUAAAACCAAGAUAUGAUUCUGCCUUCCUCAACUGUUACUGGACAAAUUUUUCAUUUUCUGGAUUUUGAGAUACACAGUCAGCAAUUUUUAUGAAAGGUUAAUAUGGCAGACUCAUCUAAUUCCUAAAACUUUUCUCCCUUGGGCCCCCAAAAGAAGAAAUAUAAUAGUACAAACACGUUUUGUAUUCUUAUAUUCAAAUAAUUUUAUCACAUUAUAAUAAGCUUUUCUUUGUUUUGUUUGUAGUCAUUGAAGUACUUAUCAUUUAUAUGUAAAUACUUUUUUCCCCUUGUAAAUAAGGUAACUGGGCAAUCAAACACUUUGGGUAUGUUGAUUUUAGUAUUUUAUCAGCAAUUUCAAAACUAAAUAUAAAAAUAAAUUCUUUGUAGGAAACUUGCAUCCUGAUUUUUUUGUUUAUUGCAGUUGGAAGUGUAAAUAGAAGACAAUUUAAUGUCUAAUAUUAACCAGGUUGUAGCAAGUUGCCCUGUUUUUGUUAGGUUUUGAUGGUUUUUGUUUUCUCCCUCCCUCCUUUCCUCCUUCCCUCUUUCCCAUCUUUCAUGUACAGUAGAGUGGUAUCUAUGUAAGUGUUAACUGUAGUGGGGUUCGUCCGGUAAGCCUAAGAUUUAUACUUUGAAAUAAAUGAAUGGGUUUUUAACCUUCUGAGUACUCUGAUUUAUUCUGAUUUUUCUCAACUGUUGUAUUGAAAAUCUUCCAC